AUGACCGCAGUAGCACCAGCUCCCAAAGCCCUGCCUUCUAUGGAACCCACAACACCCCCUACACCUAAACAAAGACCCACCCUCCUCAGUUUGGCCAUGAAGCGACGCCAGGCCCUGGAAGAAGCUAAUCCGCUUGACCUUAUCAGAGAACGCAUCCUUAUGCAACGUCAACAGACCGCGGAAUCUGAAAACCACACGCCCACGUCCCUCAAUACCCCCAAAACUCCGCAGACACCCCAGGUCGCCUCUGAGAAUCCCCCUCCUACAUCUCCUUCCCCAGCUCCCGAGCCCGCAGAGAGUAAGAUCCAAGAACCGGGUAAUGAGGAAAACCUAAUUGACAUGUAACUUUUUUCAAAAAUAUAUUACUGCAAAUAGACCGUUUUCUACGUUUUCUCCCCCACCAGUAAAUAUCUUUCACUAAAGUUAAUGUCUCGAAGGUAAAGUGGGUGGCUUGCCAACUAGUUUGACUGUGUUACCCGAAGAUAUCGAUUUUUGUAGGCCACGUGAGUGGCGGAAGAGAGGACCUUCAAAUGAUAGACGUCGCGCGUUAAUUCUGCACGCUGACAUGUCUGUGAACGCUAAGAAUGACAGAAAGAACUGAAUUCCACAGCAUUUGUCCUGUUUUGGGAACUGAAAACCAAAGAGCCAAGGCUGAGACGUCCGGGCGGUACAAAAUGCAGGCCGACAAAAAUGAUCCGAAUGAUGUUGUGCCAUCGAACACUAACGCAAAAGACCACAACUCAGGCGAUAAACUGAAAUUGCUCUUUCGCGACAGACAUGGAACUAAGUCUCUCUCAGAACAGAAAGUUAACGACUGGCUCUACAAAAACCGGUCUUUCUAUGACAGUGUGCCUAAGGACUUGACCGAAAUCCCCGACGCUAUUUGGGCUCCUCAGGAAGGUUCAAGAGUUACGGCCUACGCCAGCCCUGGAGCGGCUGAUCUCACCGGCAAUAAUACAAGACUCGUAAACGAAGGAGCCAACGGGAGCUCUCAACUGUUUCCCCAUGGGGAAAAGGUGGUCAAAAAAGCAAAACAACGACGUCCGAAUGCUCAUCACUCCAGUGACACGGUUCGCAGAGCCUUAGUCACCGCAGUGACUUCAGACAAAAUUAGUAAACCAGAGGGGUCUCGAAUCAAGCCCAGAAGGUCCGCUAGCACAAAACGCGUCCGCAGCUUUCCUUUGGGAGGGAAACAGGGCAAACGCCACCGGUCCUCCAGCAAUCGACCUCAGACCAUGGUGAGUGGGUCCCAGCCUCCCUAUUUUUUUCAACCGCCCUACGAGAAGGUGCCCUAUUUAUCGGAUGUGAGGAUGCUAAGUCAACUAGGUCUGCUACCGAAAAAUCAAAUUAAUGUGCUGACUAAUGCAAUAGGUCGGGUGACCAAGGAGUUUAACUCUCCACGGACCUCAGUCAUGUCUGUAUCUCCGCGAAAGAUAGGUCCAAUUUCAGACCGAUCGUUAAGAAUUCAGGAUCACUGAUGCGUUCCUCGAUCGCCUAUCUUAUCAUUUUAUACCGUUCCUUGGUUUCCACACAGCUCCUCCUCUUUUUAUUGUGAUGUGAGCUUGCGUCACAAUUGCAAAGUAAAGCUGUUCCGAGCAACCGUACCUUUUGCUUACAGUUAAAUGAAAGAUUUCGUACAGCAGGCGAAAAUGGGAUACACGGAGCCAGCAAACCCACCGAGCAGGGUAUUAGGACGUCACGAAUGCAUUCUGUUUGUAAGCUAGGGCGCGCAUUACUGGUCUUUAAACCUUCACGAGCAAUUUUUGGCAUUUAUAUGUAGAAGAAAUACGCAGAAUUGAGAAGCUCGGUUGCCCUCUGACAAGUUGGUUUUAUCUGCACUACCACUUAAGUCUUUCCUCAUCUUCAUCGAACAGAAAUCUGGGUCGCAGCGUCUUUGAGCUUGACGCUAACAUUUAAAAAUAAGCGUAUCCAACUGUCUUUGUGCGGCACGAAACCAAGCCCACCAAAGGCCUACCAGCGCAGUAGGUCAAUAAGUGAGUGCAACCCUAACUCCUCAUAUGACAGUUUGUGACGCAUACCAUGCGUAAACAGAGAAAUCUCAAUGCCACAUGUACGCUCAGCUGAGCCCACUCAUGAAUGACGACGAUAUCGUCUUGAGUGACUCUGAAAAGUGGUGCCAAACAUUGGCAAACAGAAGGAAUUAGUCAGUUAAAUAUGAAUGCUCAGGCCCGCACGCGAUCUGUCAAGAUCAGCACAGAACAUCCACCUAGGCCACGGUAAAACUUUGCUAAACGUCAGCAGUACACUAAUCAGCCCUGUCAGUAAUGAGAUCAGCAUUAAAUUCAGGUGACUAAACCGACCCCAUUAAUUUUUUCACAAAACUGGCAAAAUGUUUACAAUUUUUUACUGGGGAAGUAAAAUAAGGUGGGGAAGAGAUAGAAUGAUAACAGUCAAGUAUACAACCCAGAAGAGAUGUAGACGGAUACAUAAGUUGGACCAUAAAUUUUCGUCAGUGAGGGGCAACCACGCAUGAAUAUUAUACGACCACCUGAAAUCCUGUUGCUUUUGGUGGCAAUUCCGAGGAAUAGCCUUGGCAAGGAUGACCUUUCUGUCAGACCGUCUCUUCGUAAUGGGCACCAGAGCGGUGGGGUGUCUGGCUCGGCGCGUAAGUAGUCCUCCAAUUUGGUCAGCUUAUUAUUUUCAAAAAGGAUUCCUGCCAGGCUCUGUUAAGACAGAAUUCCGACAAAAUUUCAAAGCUUUUUAGGUAAAAAUUCCUUGAUAAGUGACAGCGCGUUUCUGCUUAAAAAAACGCCACCAUGGUACUGUAAGUGUCUGAGUAAUGUAAGAACCAAGAACAUCCAGCGUUAUUGCACAUUUUGAUGGCAAAAGCAUACGAGUGGAUUCUUCCGAAGAAGUUUCCUUUUGUGAGCUCCUUCCGGAAAUUUGUAGAAAGAUUUAUUCGCUGGCGACUUAGGAUGAAUUUUGAAUCCAGCUGAAGACUGUGACUAGCUAAGAGACUAAAAAGACCCCAAAAUGCCGAACACCGGUCAGCCAUGCCUUUCCACAAGUGUUCAUGUAAAUACCAUGAACGUAUAUCCCCAGGAUUACGGUCAGGCAAGAACUUCUUUCAUAUGAAACAAAGUAGGCAUAAUUCAGCCUAUUAAAAUAAGCCAAAUCUCAUAUAUGGUUGGGGUACGAAGUACUGCAGUUCUUAGGCUUUAGGGUAGGAAUUUCCAGUUUUUUUCGGAUUUUCCUAUCGAACAUUUUUCAAAAACGAUUUAUUUCCUUUUCUAAUACGCUUUGGCAAAUUUACUUUUACCGCUAAGUUCACAAGCAUCGGAAUUUUCAUUUAAUUUCUCAGACUGAUCAUGUAAGGAUUUCGACUUGUCCACUGUUUGCCUCGCGGAUCGACAACUUGUGUGCCGCCUAAGCAGUUUAAUACACGGAGAAGAUGAACAAACCAGCAUAGUCACUAAUGACUCCCAGAUUUCAAGGGAAACUGGAGGGAUGCUGGAAAAAUCGAGGGUCGUAACUUGAAGUGCAACACACAGCUUAGAGGGGGAGGUCGCUAUGAGACAUUUUAUCCGAAUACAUUGACGCGUGAUAUCGCGCAACACUCGACAACCACUUUUGCUGACCCAGGGGCGACAUCAAAUUUACACUGUUCGGGAGUUCGAUCUCAAAGAGUGGCAGGUGGUAAACACGAGACUUCGUUCUGGGACUUGACUUCACAAUUCUCCGGGUUUUUCCAUUUAAGCCGUUUGGAUACAGGAGAUAUGGGUUCCUGCACUGGAAAGUGCCGUACGCUUAAUUCCAAGGAUGCCUCUUCCCGUGUCCUAAAUAUAACCUUAAUCCUAACAUUAACACCAACUCUAACCCCCAUGAGAUUUAGCGCAUGGUCACAUGUAAUACUUGAGCGUCCAAUUGCCUUUGCCUUACCUAUAAAUUUACUGACUUUUGAUUAACGAUUCGACCGUUGGGUCCGACGACGUCCACCGUGUGCUCCACAGCAAGAUGAAGCAGGCACGGCGACUUGCAUGCGACUUAGCUUAUAGUGAACGUAGACUUUCACAGCAUCUACCGCGCUCUCUCCUCCCCUACCCGGUGUCAAGAUGAAGUCAAGAAGACCGGAGGUGAGGGAUGGCGCAGGCAGAUGGCGCAGCCGAACCCGCACCUUGGCAAUCCACUACAUACCCCUGGUCAACAACAAACACUUGGUCAGGAUUUCGACCAAUAACAACAGCAUUGAAAUGGACCCGAAAGAUGAGAAUGACUGGGUAGCCAUGCUCACGACCUGUAUGCACAGCGGGAGUGCAAACGCAUCUACCGGCAGGCAAUCAGAGGUCAGAGAACUGCCAGCACACACUAGACUGCGAGGACCAUACUUUGACUUUUGACUACAAACACACACACAUUACAGUUCAGCCAUCGCAUCCGGCGAUGUCCACCGUGUGCUCCACAGCAGGGUGACAGCAGGGACGGUGACUUGCGCAUGAGUUAGUUUAGGGUGAUGGCAGACUUGCAUUGCAUCUACCGCGCGCUCUCAUCCUCCCCCGCCUGGAUCCGAUGUCAAAAGAGAGUAAAGAAUACCGGAGGCGGGGGAGGGUGCGGGUGGCUGGCACGGCGAAAACCCGCACCUGUUUCCCUAAUUCCCAAAUCAUUUUAAACCCAAACUGCCGUUAAACUUGCAUUCAGGGUUUCCAAACUACAUGCUGUAUAUUUUCCGCGUACAGGAAAGCAUACCUCCCUAUAUGCUAUUAAGAGGAGACCAUAUGGGGUUCCUAAAACUUAACAGGGUAUUUGAGCCACAUUGUAGACUUUACAAACAACAUUGGUAAAUAUAGAGACACGAUGGCUUAGGGACGGGCACUUCAGGGCCUUCAAAAAUCUCAUAAUUGGCAAUUUCUUAAAACCAAAUUAUACCCUUCCUUCAAGUACAAAAUCUGAUGAAGACACAAUUUUCUAUCAAGUAAGAGGAAGAGUAAAUAUUUUGAGCGUGUUUUCUAUGAAAUAUAUUUUAAUUUAUAAGGAUAUCAAAAAUCGAUGAGAAAAAUUCAUAUUACAUAAAUAAUCAUUCUUUACAGAGUGUAGUCUUUGUAGGCGGCCGGAUGGAAGUUCGCCUAAAAAAACGACAUCCCAAAGUAACUGAAAUAUCUGGGGAUUGUGCCGCAUGGUAAUUAAUAUUAAAAUCCUAUCUAAUUGUCUUUUCGAAUCGAAAACGCAAUUCAGAAUUUCGGUUAACACUUUAAGAGUUAGCACAUCUACUGUAGGCGUACCACUACACCCCUUGAUCCUCUGAUCCAGCCAAAAACUCGAGGCAGUAUACGUAAGACAAGAGAGGCGAAAACACCUGGAUUUCAUCACAACCGAUGUGCCACAUUUGCUUUGAGGGGCUUUGGUGACAAAGGCAAGAAAAUUGGUGUGACUUUUUCUGACUUGUUUACGUUGCCAGCGCAACCGAGGUAGGAGCCCCAGCCCUCAGACGACGUCACCAACAUUGAAACAUUGAUUUACGUUAUGUUGGCCGACUUUGGGAAUAUUCAGUUAUACAGAAUUCGCGUAGGCCGAACUAUCCUAAUUACUUCUCAAGCCAUUAAACUGCUUGUACCUUUCCUCACGGUAUUCAGAAGGGAAGAGGAAAGUCCCCCCGAGAGAGCAAUGACAACUGCCUGAGUGUACAUGUUUUUCCGUAGAAGAAACUCGCUGCUCAUCAGAGAUAGGAAAAGCCACUGCUACCCGGGCGGGUCUUGAAAAAGGUAAGAUACAGGAGAAGGAACCCCCAUGGUAAUACAGGUGGUCUUGGUCAAAAUUCCACGAAGGGUAAUUAUUUCCGUGUCCUAACUCUGACUCUGGCCUCAACCAUAACCAUAAACUCCGACUUAAAUCCAACCUUAACCUUAACUCUGCCUCUACCUUAGCUACGGCCCUAAACUUAUUCUAACACUAACAUUAGCCUUGACACUAAACUAGAUAUUUUUGGAAAUUAAUGCAAGGUCCCGGAAUAGGGGAAUUCCUAUUCCCGUGUUUGCCUUAAAGCAUUUUUAAAAUAAGAAAAUCACAGUAUCAGCAGAAGAAUUUUAGCUCUGGGUUUCUUCCUAUAUCGUGCUCUAGUUUUAGUUUGGCUGACAAAAUCUCACCUUCAGCGACCAAAUCAUGCUUAAAAUCCAGGAAAGGCGAAGCUGCAUUUGAUCCUACGAGGUGGGCAUUAUGGUUCAACAGCCAUUUGCUAUGAAAACAAAGUUACUCAUCAGAGUGAACGCUUUGCUCGACAAAAAAUUUUAGGAAGUGACAGAGGCGUUGGGUGAAAUUAAACCAAAUUUUUUUCGGUAUGCUGCAGGAAAUGCCCACUUAUAUUUGCCAAGACAAAAUGUUACUGCUUACUUUACAAAACGUCCAACAGUAUUUACAAAAACAGUCUGUUGUAGGGCAGAAGGAGCGUUUCGAUUGGAAGUCGCCUCGUGCCAGGAUGCCAGCUCUUCCCAUGCUCGACCAAGGCCGCACCCUGUCAGCUAAUAGCCCUAAGAAAUGGCACAUACACAGCCGAGGAGGAUGUUAUGCGUCGGCUGAAGAGGGGAAGUUUCCGAAAGCUCUUUGA